AUGGUUUCUUAUUGUCUGACUAUCCACCAACCCGUUCAAGGGUUUGUCCAUGAGUAUGCUGCUAGACUCACAGCAUUCGAGUUUUUGAACUCCGGCCCGCAAUCCAAAAAGGUUGUCCUCUUCAUUGGCGGCCUUACUGACGGGCUGAUGAAUGUUCCUUAUCUACCAGAUCUUGCUGCCGGAUUGGACAAGAUUGGAUGGACCUUAGUUCAAAUUCAUUUCAGUUCUUCGUACUUAGGAUGGGGAACUGGUUCGCUGAAGAGAGAUGCAGAGGAGAUUGGCCAGUUGGUUGAGUAUCUUCGGUCGGAAAGAGGUGGAUCUCGCGAAAAGAUUGUGUUGAUGGGACAUUCCACUGGAUGUCAAGAUAUCAUCCAGUAUUUUUCUAAGUACGCCCCUGAAGAAAGCUCCAAGCACGUUGAAGGAGGCAUCAUCCAAGCAUCCAUCUCCGAUAGAGAGGCAAUAUACUUGGAGCUGGAGAAACAAGGAAAAGGUUGGAAAGAGCUUGAAGAGAUGAACCAGUUUGCACAAACCUACGUUGAUGAAGGCCGCCCACUCGAUGUUUUGCCAGGCAGAUACUCUGAUCUGUUCCUGGGAGCUCCACUCAAUGCCUACAGAUGGCUUUCACUGGCUUCCAAGUUGGGAGAUGACGACUUCUUCUCCUCCGAUCUGACUCCAGAGGACAAUGCCAAAACUUUCGGUGCUGUCUACAGACCAAUCUGUGUUUUGUACUCCGAGGCCGACGAGUAUGUUCCGUCCUUCGUUGACAGAAGAGCCAUUUUCAACCAAUGGAAGAGCGUGACUCCUCCAGGAAUGUGGUCGGAGCAUUCCGAUUUCAUUCCUGGAGCGUUGCACAAUGUUGGUCCAGGCUCUGCCCCAGGUGGCGUGGAGUUCACCGUUAACAAGGUGGUCAAGUUUUGUAAAGAGUUCGACUAA